AUGGGAAAGUGUGAAAUAUUAGAAAGGCAACACCCUGCAGUAGCAUCAUUUUUGGAAAACAGAGUCAGAGAGAAAUCAUCCAAUGUGCCAUCAAAAGCCAUGUAUGAAAAUAUCUGCCAGUAUGUUGCAAAACUUGAAGAGGUCAGCACCUUUUCAACCAAUACCCUACAGAAGUGUGAUACUGAGAUGGCUAAAUGCAGCCCUGCUGGAGUACCCAAAAAAGGUACAGUAGUUUCCACUUUUCAGAAGAGAUGAUAGUAUUUUUAUAGUAGAAAAUAGACCUAUAUUAACACACAAAUUGGAAAUGUUAGCCAUAUAGGUUAAUACAUUUAUACAUUAAUCUCGAAUCAGGACUUGGGGUGGGGAGAAAAAUUUAAAAUUGGCUUCUGAACUUUAAUAGUUGCUUUAUAUGCACUUUAAUAUAGGUUACAAGGAUGAGUUGGAUUUCCUAUCAAAGAAUAUAAGACCUCGACUUAUUGAGAUCGACACAUCCAUCAAAGAAAAGGCACAACAGGCUCGUGGGUGA